AUGGCUCGCACUAAGCAGACCGCUCGUAAGUCCACCGGCGGCAAGGCCCCGCGCAAGCAGCUGGCCACCAAGGCCGCCCGCAAGAGCGCCCCGGCCACCGGCGGCGUGAAGAAGCCCCACCGCUACCGGCCCGGCACCGUGGCGCUGCGCGAGAUCCGGCGCUACCAGAAGUCGACCGAGCUGCUGAUCCGCAAGCUGCCGUUCCAGCGCCUGGUGCGCGAGAUCGCGCAGGACUUCAAGACCGACCUGCGCUUCCAGAGCUCUGCGGUCAUGGCUCUGCAGGAGGCGAGCGAGGCCUACCUUGUGGGUCUGUUUGAGGACACAAACCUGUGCGCCAUCCACGCCAAGCGCGUCACCAUCAUGCCCAAGGACAUCCAGCUGGCCCGGCGCAUUCGUGGAGAGAGAGCAUCUAAUUUACAGAAGAUCCGCAGUAGUCUUAGUGGGACAAGGAUGAACAAACAGUCAUCUUUAUUACCCUGCUCUUCCCAAAUGGCUCGCACUAAGCAGACCGCUCGCAAGUCCACCGGCGGCAAGGCCCCGCGCAAGCAGCUGGCCACCAAGGCCGCCCGCAAGAGCGCCCCGGCCACGGGCGGCGUAAAAAAGCCCCACCGCUACCGGCCUGGCACCGUGGCGCUGCGCGAGAUCCGGCGCUACCAGAAGUCGACCGAGCUGCUGAUCCGCAAGCUGCCGUUCCAGCGCCUGGUGCGCGAGAUCGCGCAGGACUUCAAGACCGACCUGCGCUUCCAGAGCUCUGCGGUCAUGGCCUUGCAGGAGGCCUGCGAGGCCUACCUUGUGGGUCUGUUUGAGGACACCAACCUGUGCGCCAUCCACGCCAAGCGCGUCACCAUCAUGCCCAAGGACAUCCAGCUGGCCCGCCGCAUUCGCGGGGAGAGGGCGUAG